UUAGCCUUUUCCAAAUGGUUCACUGGUUUCCACCACUGUAAACAAAGUACUAGAUAUUUCUAGAUUUUCUGUUUUUUUCUAAGACUUUAAAAUUUAUUUGAGAGGUAGAGUUACAGAGAAAAAGGUCUUCCUUCUGCUGGUUCACUCCCCCAGUGGCUGCAAUGGCCAGAGCUGUGCUGCUCCGAAGCCAGGAGCUUCCUCUGGUCUCCCAUUAUGGUGCAGGGCCCAAGCAUUUGGGCCAUCGUUCACUGCUUUCCUAGGCUGGAUUGAAGUGGAGCACCCGAGUCCCGAACCAGCACCCAUAUGGGAUGCCAGUACUUCUAAUGUGACGUCGAGGGUACCUGCUGUCCAUCCCCUUUUGGCAGUUGAGGGCCCUCUCACCAGGCAUUUCUGCCCCCCAGCCGUGUCUCAGGUCCAGGAGGGCUGUGCUUGCUCUGCUCCCUCCCGAACUUGGCAGAGAAAAUGGGCUGCGCGGGGAAGCAGGUGGAGGGCGUCCACCCGCCGCCUAGUUCUGGUUCACUCGGAGGCGGGCGGCGGGGGCUAUUCCUAGCCGGGCGCGCUCACUCCUGCCAGCCCUGCGAUCCCGCCUGAGGGGCCGGGCGCGCUCCCGCCGGCCAGCCCUGCGUUCCCGCCUGAGGGGCCGGGCGCGCUCCCGCCGGCCAGCCCUGCGUUCCCGCCUGAGGGGCCGGGCGCGCUCCCGCCGGCCAGCCCUGCGAUCCCGCCUGAGGGGCCGGGCGCGCUCCCGCCGGCCAGCCCUGCGUUCUCGGGCGCAGGACCGGCGUGCGCUCUAGUGGUACCAGAGCAGCCGCCCAGCGGCCCGCAGCGACCAUCCACGAAGGGAACAACACGGCACACUGCGUCCCGGGUCAGCUCCCGUGUUCCAGGCUCAGGGUGGCGGAUGGAGCCGCAUCCGAAGCGUCUUUUUUUUUUUUUUUUUUUUUUUUUAAAUCUGAAAGGCAGUUACAUAGAGGCAGAGAGAGGUCGUCCAUCCACUGGCCCACUCCCCAGAUGGCCAGAACUGCAGGAGCUGCGCCGAUCCUUAGCCUGGAGCUCGGCGCUUCUUCCGGGUCUCCCACGCGGAUGCAGGAACUCAAGGACUUGGGCCACCUUCUGCGCUCCCAGGCCGCCAGCAGGGAGCUGGAUCGAAGUGGAGCGGCCCGGACUCGAACCAGCGCCCAUAUGGGAUGCUGGCACUGCAGGCCGCGGCCUUACCCGCUAUGCCACAGAACAGAUGUCCACUCUCGCGAGCCGCUUCCCGUGGAGGACCCCGGAAGUGAGCGUCCCUGGAGACCUCCGAGGCGCAGUGUCCCCAGGCGCUGGGCAUCCCCUUAGCGUCUUGCCGGACUCGGCCGCCGGGCGCGCUCCCGAUCGGAUGCAUCAAUACUCAGGCGGUAACGUGGACACCUAAAGCGAAGGGCCGCCCGGGCGCGGGGGCGUGGCCCCGUGAGGACCCGUUUGCUGCAGCCUGCGCGUGCGCGCGCUCGGGCCGGGCGGGGUCGGGGGAUGUUGCGCCGGCUGGUGGCCGCAACCGGGGGUCGAGCGGUGGCAGCGCCGCUCGCCGUGUUGUGGCGAUGCGGUUGCGGCCCCGGACAUGGCAAGACGGCCGGGACCGGUGUGAGGGCUCUCGGCGUUGCCCGGCAGUGCCUCCAGGGGAUCCGCUUCCAGCAGCUGCUUGUGCAGACGAGACUGAACUCAUCGUUUUCCCAGCAGCUGUGUGCAAGACCACCCAAAGAGACUGGUGAACCACAGAAUGCUGGGCCUGGACGAGAUGGAAGGAAGAAAGGAGGGAAGCAGGAUGACUUUGCCUGGUGGAAACGGAUGCAGAAGGGAGAGUUCCCGUCGGAUGACAAGGACUUCCGCAGUUUGGCCAUUUUAGGGGCAGGUGUUGCUGUGGGCUUUUUCUACUUUUAUUUUCGAGAGCCUGGAAGAGAAAUCACCUGGAAGCACUUUGUGCAGUAUUACCUGGCUAGAGGUCUGGUAGACCGGCUAGAAGUCGUGAACAAGCAGUUUGUGCGAGUUAUUCCUGCCCCUGGGACGUCUUCAGAGAAGUUCGUGUGGUUUAACAUUGGCAGUGUGGACACCUUUGAACGGAACCUGGAGUCUGCUCAGUGGGAGCUGGGGAUUGAGCCCACCCAGCAGGCAGCAGUGGUAUAUACCACCGAGAGUGACGGCUCUUUUUUGCGAAGCCUGGUGCCCACCCUUCUCUUGAUUGGCAUCCUCCUCUAUGCCUUGCGGAGGAGCCCAGUGGGUGCUGGGCGCAGCCGGCGAGGAAGGGGCCUCUUCAGCGUGGGUGAGACAACAGCCAGGAUCGUGAAGGACAACAUUGGUGUGCGAUUUGCAGAUGUAGCUGGCUGCGAAGAAGCAAAAUUGGAGAUUAUGGAGUUUGUGAAUUUCCUGAAGAAUCCCAAGCAGUAUCAGGACUUAGGAGCCAAAAUUCCAAAGGGAGCAAUGCUUACUGGUCCUCCUGGUACUGGCAAAACACUUCUUGCCAAAGCGGCUGCAGGGGAAGCCAGCGUGCCCUUCAUCACUGUGAACGGGUCAGAGUUCCUGGAAAUGUUUGUCGGCGUUGGGCCAGCGAGGGUGCGUGACAUGUUCACAAUGGCCCGGAGAAAUGCUCCUUGUAUCUUGUUCAUCGAUGAGAUUGAUGCAAUUGGUAGGAAGCGGGGCCGUGGGCACUUGGGAGGCCAGAGCGAGCAAGAGAACACCUUGAACCAGAUGCUUGUGGAAAUGGAUGGGUUCAACUCCACCACCAAUGUUGUUGUAUUGGCCGGCACCAACCGCCCUGACAUCCUUGACCCAGCAUUGAUGCGGCCAGGCCGGUUUGACCGUCAGAUUUACCUUGGACCCCCUGACAUCAAAGGCAGGUCCUCCAUCUUCAAGGUCCACUUGUGUCCACUGAAGUUGGAAGAGAGCCUCAGGAAGGACACCCUGGCAAGGAAGCUGGCAGCGCUCACUCCGGGCUUCACUGGUGCUGAUAUUUCUAACGUUUGCAAUGAAGCAGCUCUGAUCGCCGCCCGCCACCUAAGUCCUUGUGUUCAGGGGAAGCACUUUGAGCAGGCCAUCGAGAGGAUCAUUGGAGGCCUCGAGAAGAAGACCCAGGUCCUGCAGCCCAGUGAAAAGGCAACCGUGGCCUACCAUGAGGCCGGGCACGCCGUGGUGGGCUGGUUUCUGGAGCACGCAGACCCCCUGCUAAAGGUGUCCAUCAUCCCCCGAGGCAAGGGGCUCGGCUAUGCCCAGUACCUGCCACGAGAACAGUACCUGUACACACGGGAGCAGCUGUUUGAUCGUAUGUGCAUGAUGCUGGGUGGCAGGGUGGCCGAGCAGCUGUUUUUUGGGAAGAUCACCACAGGGGCACAGGAUGACCUAAGGAAGGUCACACAGAGCGCCUACGCACAGAUUGUGCAGUUUGGGAUGAGUGAGAAGCUGGGCCAGGUGUCGUUUGACUUCCCCCAACAAGGCGAAACCCUGGUGGAGAAGCCCUACAGCGAGGCAACUGCCCAGCUCAUCGACGAGGAGGUUCGGCACCUCAUCAGCUCUGCCUACGAGCGGACCCUGGAGCUGCUGACCCGGUGCCGGGACCAGGUGGAAAAGGUGGGCAAGCGGCUCCUGGAGAAGGAGGUGCUGGACAAGGCCGACAUGGUGGAGCUCCUGGGCCCCCGACCCUUCGCGGAGACGGCCACAUACGAGGAGCUUGUUGAGGGCACUGGCAGCCUAGAAGAGGACACGUCCCUUCCUGAGGGGCUGAAGGGCUGGAACCGUGUACAGGGGGAGGGGGUCCCUGAGCAGCACAUGCAGGAAAGCCCCCUAUAGCUGUGUGCAGACCUGGCUGCGACCUUGGGUGACCGCUGCUGCCUCUGAGCCUCUGCCGAGUGGCUUCCAGAAUCACGGGAACACAUGAAAACACCUGGCAACCCCAAGUGGGCCUGUGGGUGAAACCCUGAGAAGCACCAGAGAAGGGCUGCCUGCCAGAGAGGUGGCAGGGGGAGUGUCCUGAGUCUCUGGACCGGGACCAGCAGGGAGAGGCAGCAGGGCUGCAGCCCAGGCCUUUGUACCCUCCUGGGAGCCCUGAGCAAAGGAUGCAGCCUCAGGCACUUCUGGCAGAGAUAGGACACGAGUGUCCGAGUGAGCUUGCCUCUGGAGAAGUGUUAAUGCAGGUCAUCUUAAAGUCACUUAGAAGACGAGCCUCGACCCAGUGCAGAAUCCCCGAAGUUAGAAUUAAAAGGAGGAGAAUCUGAGCUGGUUAUGAAGGGAAGGUCAGGCUGUGAGCCAGGUGAGUGGGAGGCCCGUAUGUCCUCACGAAGCCACAGGUGUGUGGCUGAGGGAAGGUUGGAGGGAUCUUGGGGGUCCCUCUCGCAGCAAGGUCUCCCUCCUGUGGCAGUUCUGCUCUGAGUGUGAGAGGAAGUUGGGGUUGGGGCGCCUUUCUGACUAGCAUGAGUCAGUCUGAUUGCCGUGGCUUGGUAACCUUCCUUGUGAUUCGUUUUGUUGGGGUCACAGAGAGGCAAGUCUGGACUGAGCCCCCACUGCCCCACUCAGCUCUGUGGGACCGUCUGCAGGUGCCCCAGUGCUUCCUCUGGCCAUAGCACCUGUUGAUCAGCCAUCUUCCUCGUGUUGGGUAGCUCAAUAAAAGGAAGGCCAGUUCUGGGUUGUGAGCUCCAUGCCUUUCAGGUGCCUUGACCUGAGACAGGCUUGACUUUUUCUUUUUGGUGAGUGUGGUGUGGACCCAGUGCCGCAGAUGUGGUGAAGACAUCCCUGUGUGCUUCUGCGAGCACAUGAGCCUGCCUCCUGGAUUCGCCGAAAGCACAGUGGUCCCAGGGCAUGAACCAGCAGCUGUACCAGCCCUGCCCACCUUGGGGUGGGCAGAUGAUGUCUGGGUCACAUGGUGAAGCUCAUGACCCUGGGGAAGGGUGGGGUCACUGCCCCUGAAUGCCCGUUGGUUCUCUGCAUCUCUGUUGGGAGGAGGCCAAGACCAGACAAAGUGUUGUGUCUGCCUCUCAAAGACAGUUUAAACUGGAGACAAGCACAUUCAGUUUCCAUUAUUUGUGAAAUGCACAGUAGUUUGUUUUAAAAUCUCCAGGGUUUAAGCUGUAUUGUGGCCUCUACCAAACCUUUAUCACCUGAGCCUCUUGGGGGUCUUCUGGUGAAAGUGUGCUCCCUCCACCCCAGAAGGCCCCUGUGGUGGGUGUUGUCAUAGGUCUCAUGAGGUCACUGCGGCAGCCCACCCAUAGGAGAGCCUGGGGUGCAUCUCACGUCGGGGUAGGCCACAGCAGUGCCUCCCACCGUGCCUCUUGCUCCCCAGGCCUCAGCACACCCCCUCCCGUUGCACCUGGGCUGCUGCCUGCACUUGCAUGUCAGACCUGUCUCCUCACCUUAUCUGGUGCAGGUAGCUCCGCACUCCCUUGCAUGGGGCCUUCCCAAGUUGUUGAAGCGUCUCCCUGGGUGGUAGCUAUUCACCAGUGAAUGGCACGAGCCAUCUCCCACUGCCUGUCCCUGCCAUUCCAAGUGUGGCUGGCAGCUUGCCCCUCCUUGGCCUGAGAGGGGAAUGGCGCUUCCACCCCUACUCUGAUGAGUACUGGUGGCCACUGCGCAGUGACCCUGUUCUGGCACGCCAGCCUCACUUAGUGCCUGCUGCACAGCAGGUGAUGGCGCCUUCAGGGAGUAGGAGUGAGCUGAUUCCUCUUCUGAUCUGCUUCCACUGAAGGUGGGUGUUUCUCUCUUGCCGUACUGUGCUGGGAACUAUGUACCCUUCUCAGAGAAUGCACACAGCACAGGCAGGUUGAGUCAGGUUCCCGGUCCGUAGAUGGAGGAGACAUGGCUAAGAGUUUUCUUUUCAGGAAGGUGCAGGCUGCCCUCGGGGCUGAUGAGGGUGCAAGGAUGUGAGUGCUGCUCGCCUCUCCUCGUGGGUUAAGUGGUCAGGUGUGGCUUCAUCUUUGCUUUGUGGCUCCCUCCCUGUUACCACAGCCUGUGGCUUCUGGGCCCUGAAGCUCCCUGGGGAGUGGCUCUGUGGGAAGCUUGUUAGCCAGGGGUAACUGCCUCCAGCCUGGGCUGCCUCUAUGGGAUUGUGUGGGGGAAGGGCUUUUACUCCUUUUUUUCCUCCAAAGAUUAUUUAUUUAUUUAUUUAUUUGAGAGGUAGAAUGACAGAGUGAGGGAAAGACAGAUCUUUCAUCCACAGUUCACUCCCAAAGUGGCCACAACAGAUGGGGCCUGGCCAGGCCAAAGCCAGGAGCCGGAAACUCCAUCUGUUUCUUCCACACGAAGGCGCAAGAGCAGGGAACUGGACUGAAGUGGCAUAGCAGGGACUUGAACCACCACUCUGCUGUGGGGUGCAGGCAGUGCAGAGUGGCCUGAUCUGCUGUGCCACAACACCCACCCCACAGCUUUACUCCUCAGUGAUGCUUUUGCCUUACUUCUGGAUUGGAAAUCCAGGGCACUUGUCCCUAAAAUGGAAUCCAGUUAAGCACAGCCCAGCAGGGUCCCAGUGGCUCCUGAACUCGAGAACUGGCAGAGAGCACGGAGCUCCCUCCUGGCUGGCCCACCUUAUACUGCUGCCCUCCCAGCACGGACCUAUGUGCCCUGAUGUCGGGAAGAAACAGAUGAGGCCUUCAGGUGAGGGGGUUGAUGCUUUAAUCCCACUCUGUAAAUGAGCUGUUUGGGAGCAAGAGCAGGAGGGAUGGCACAGGAGAGGGAGCCUGCUAGGUAGGGGUAGGCAGGGAUGUUUCGCCAUGUGGGUUGGAAACCAGGGGCAUUUUUCAUCUUAGGAGACUUGAUUGUGCCUUCCGGGGACAAGAGUGCAGAGGCAGAGGGGGUGCCUCAGAAGUAGGAGAGUCCCAAAGUGCUCUGCACGCAGCAGGAGCCCCAUGCAUGCCUAGGGCAUCUCUCCCCAGGAGUCCAGUGAAGAUGAAGGGGAGGACCCUGUGUCCUAGCCAGAGUAUUUUAGUGGGGGAACAGGGCAGGGCAGGUUGGCUUGGGAAGCAAGCUUGAACUUUCAGUUUGAAGCCACUCUGACUUUGCUGUCUGGAUCCACUGGCCUGGGUGCCCCUGAAGUUCCCAUCGCAGCCCUGCCUCCCCUGUUCCUUCCUGGGCUGCUCCUAGGGUAGAGACCCUCCCAGACGAGGCCUGCCAAAUGUGUCUGACGGCCUUGGGUGGGCACAACCUGGGCAGUGGGAUGUGGAGAACUGACCCAAGUAUGCACCCUUGUGUGGGAUGCAGGAGAGGGAGGAGUUACUGAGGUUCUGAGGCUGUCUGGCAACUUUCGGUGUUCUGAGCUGGAGAAGAAACGGGCCAACCAAGAGAAGUGAGUGCAGGUCUUAGAAGGGGCCUGGGGAGGAGACCCUGGUGCCAACAGUAUCUCCCAUGGGCAGAGGAAGGAGGCAGAGUUGAAAUUGAGGUGGAAAUUUGGGGACUGACCCCUUAUGCACAUGCCAGACAGCAAAGUGUUCCGGUAGCCACUGCCACCUCGGGGAAGCUCUGAGUGGAGACCCGCCAGGGAUUUCUUGGAGCAGCUCCCAUAGGCUCAGGUCCCCCUCAUCUUGAGCCCACACACGAAUCUUCUGAUAGGAGCAGUGAUCCUACACAUGGAAGUUUCUGGAAGGCCUAGGCCACCGUUGUCCACUUGUUGGGUUCCUUGGCAGUGACUCCACAGCAUUUCCGUCCCCGUUCCAGGGCUCAGGAACAAGCGUGAUGCAAGGCCCUCAGGCUGUGCUUGUGCUGGGGCCCACCGUGUCCCCAGGGGAAUGGGCCAAGGCUGUGCCCUGCAGACCCGGCGGGCCUCCUGUGGUGGCACCCUUGGCCCUGACCUGCUGUCAGGUGAUGGCUGGAGCCUCAUGGGGAGAGCAGUGUGUCCACAACUGUUGGGGUUUACCAUUGCAGUGGUGGUCUGGCCCCAGCCUUGUAGCAGCUCUGGGACACCUGGGGAAAGCUUAGUCCUCCUUCGGUCUCUCUAUGGUGAGAAACGUGUCCACGAUUGCCGUCUGCCGCUCCGGGUCGCCAAGGGGCUGCUUCUCGCGGUUUUGCUCUGCCCUUGCCCUCGUCCAAGAGGGGGAGCGCAGGCAGCCGGCACGGGGUAGCGGGUGCAGACCUGGCAGGGGCAGGGGACGCAGAAGUCAGCCAAGGCUGUGGUAGAUUGUUGCGGGGGGAGGGGGGGUACUGUGGUGUCUCUGGCAUGUCACCCUGGCCUCCUGUGUCCCUCUGAGUGCUAGAUGUGCACACAGGCACUUCUGAGGUCUGCUGUGCAUGUUGGGGGCCACCCACAGAGAUGGUGGCUUCAUGGCCCUGGGCAGGGCUUUUCUCAUGUCUUCAGGAGUCACCCAUCCUGCUGCCUGGCUCCUCCAGUUUGGUGUGACAGUGACCCUGGUGUGGCCUCUCCAAAGCCUCGUGGUGGCCCCGUGUGGCCAGCUGCUCCCUCAGGCCCUGCAGGUCUCACCCAGCCUCUGCCCCACCAGGAGUCUAAGCUUCUCCAGGGUGCAGGCUCCCUGGGCUGGAGUUUGGGGUAGAUUGGGUUCAAAGUCCCCCAGCUCCACUCCCAGCCACAGCAGCCACAGGCUGGCCCUAGCUCGGCACACAUCUCCUAUGCAGGCUCUUGUACCUGUCUGCACAAGCAGAGCCUGGUGGGAACCAGCUUGGGUCUAGGCAGUGGCUUGGACUGGAGGUAAGCUGCGGGGCUAACUCAUCCCCCUAACCAGGGGCCACUGUCAUUGCUGGGAGCCCACAGCACCCAAGGGACUGACAGGCUGUCCCCAUCCCCACCCUCUGACCUCCAGGGACCCUGUGAGAAACCCCUCCAUGAUGGGGAUUCACAGUGGGGGCUGCUGCCUUUAAUGGGGCCCCAGCUGACAGGAUGGGGGAUGGGGUGGUGCAGGUUCUAUCCUGGGCUUUGGGGUGGGCAAAGCAGAGGCCAGGCUGACUUCUGAAGGUUGUGGCGGGGUGGGUAGGGGCAGUGUUCAGCUCCGCUGCUGAGGUGGACGGAUGCUCUCUUGGGUCCUUCUAUUCUGAAGGGGUGUGUGUGUGUGUGUGUGUGUGUUUCCAGCUCCUCUGCUGAGGUGGGCAGAUGUCUUGUUGAUGCCCUUUGCUGCCCAUGGUCAGAGAGACUAAAGGACACACCACUGUGUCCCCACUUGUGCUGUGAGGCUGGACACCUUGCUGCCUUGGUGUCUUGGGAACUGGAGGUGACCAGGCAGUGAGCUGGGCAGCUGCUCCCACCCCCGUCUUGGUACUUCACCCCGUGUGAGUUGAAGUCACAUGUAGUAGUUUUUGCUCUCAGUGGGACAGUAGCUUUGGCUUUGUGUUGCUCAUGAGCAAAAUAAAGGGGAGGCACCUGUGACAGACAUUCCUUGAAGUCUGGCCAACAGGCACAUAAAAUGCUCAGUAGUGAAUGAAGGGGUGCAGUGGCUACAUACUCACCACAUAUUUGAGGUGAGAGUAUUUGCAGAAAUAGGGAUCUGGGGGAGCAGCAGCCCCAGGACUCCCCCCACCCCUGCCUACCAUGUUGUGGUGCCAUCCUCACCUGCUGGGGAGUCAUUGGUCAGGUUCUCGUCAUCCGAGUCAGCAAAAACCUCAGCCAGCUCCUGGUCGGACAUGUCGGUCAGUUCGGUGAGGUCCAGGAGGUCAAAGUGGACCUCCAGAGAAGAGACGCUGCUCAGGGGCUCUGGAGGCACAGGGAGCACUGUCACCCAUAGUCCCUCCCCGUGAGGCCCUCACGGCCCUGAGGGGCCUGGGAAAGUGCACUGCCUCUUCCAUGAGGCCUAUGCACUCGCCAGAGCUUUUGGGAGAGCCCAGCACAGUCAGGCUAAGCCUGGGACAGACUUGGUUCCAGAAGGUCUCAGCCCUCGAGGCUGGAAAGCCUUCUGGGGUCUUCGUCCCAGAGAUGGUGCCACUGAGCCUCAAGGAGCCACGGCAGCAAAAGCUCGGCUCGGCACUGGAUGCAGACCCCAUUUCCGUGCCGUCUUCUGCCCUCCACACCCCAGGCUGAGAGGAGUGCAGGGUCCCACAGAGUGCGUUGUGCAGGCUGGCGAUACUUACGCCUCCUCUCUGUGACCUGCAGGAGCCCUGGUGCUGGUAUUGGGAUGCCGCCCUCCUCCUCGGUCACAGGUGUGUGGCAGCUGUCUCCCAUCUCAUGGCCUGGGACAUCCAGGGCGGCCCGGGGCACCUCGACCUCUUUAACAGUCUCUGUGACCAAACAUGCAUUGUCAGCUGUAGACAUGCUGGGAUUCCCGCACCCCACCCAGGAAGCAGCCAGAGAGCUUGGUAGAACAGGUGACCUGUGGCUCUGGGCCGUAAGCGUGGGUGGCCAGCGGCGGGGCGUCAGACCGGGGCAGGGAGGCUCCUCUGUGGAGGCUGCCCCUCCCCUCAGGCCCCAGCCUCCUUCCUGUGGGUGAGGAAGGGAGAGGUCCAGACGUAGCACUAGACGCCAUGCAGCUCAGGGUGUGGGAAUGCUACGAUGGUCCUUCAGCCAGAGCCUCCACUGUCCUGUUUCUAACUCUGGGUCUGGCCCAGGACCCAGAGAAGGUCGCGCCUGCCUCUCUGUGGACUCUCCUAUUAGAAACGCGUGCUGCUGUGUUUGAAUUCAAGAUCCCACAUUCUCAGGCUGUAAAGCAGACAGAAGUGGCAGCCUUUCCAUUCUGAUUGCUCUCUGCCGACCCCACCUCACAUCUGAGCCAGUGUUCCAGCAUUCCUCUGUGACUUCAAAAUGCAACUGCCUGUUUUUAUAUUUAGCAACUUUUCUGUGGCUUGAGAGCGGGAGGCUCCUGAGGGACCUGCCUGGGAGGAGGCCGUACCGCCUCGGCACCAGCCACACCUGGUUCAGUCGUUCUGGAGUGUGAAGUCCGUCCCUGCCCACACCCGACAGCUCCUGCAGGCGCUGCAGGCCCAGCGUGGCUGCCCCUCACCCCCUCACAGCCGCUGUCGUCCCAGCAGCCGCCUCCGCCUGGCGCCCUGUUAGUCUAGACUGAGCGUGGCUGCCCUCACCCCGUCACAGCUGCUGUCGUCCCAGCAGCCGCCGCCUCUCUCCAGCCCUGUUAGAGGCAGACAAACCCCCUGGUGCGCUUUCCUCCUGACCCAGGGAAGCGUCGAGGUGGCCACCUUCCCUCCCCUUCCCUGGUCCCCACUGUGGCCCCCAGGCCCCUUCCCAGAUACCUCGCUUCCCUCAGCUGGGCCCUGCGCAAGAGGGGCCACUGUACCCUUAUGCACCCCAGAGUGAGUAGCCUCGGCAUGCGCUCACAGGAGUGACUUCCCUCCCGGCUCACGUCAGCAUUGCCUCCCUGUGGCUGCCGGAGGCCCCUUGUGGGUAUUUCUGGCAGUCCUGAGUGUUAACUCCAGGAGCUGCUGGGUGUGAACAAGCAAGCAGCAGCCUGAGCCAGGGCUCUCAGCACUGACAGCUGCCUGCCAGCGGCCGGCCUGCCCCCUGGUGACACUGGGCAGCGGCCUGGGAACCGCCAGGGGGGACCCGUGGUCUGUAGUGAGUUCCCGGGUGGUAAGGAAAUGGAGGCACAGCUGCAGAGCUGGCUGAAUGAGGACCACCUGCUCCAUGCCUCCUGUCCCUGGGGCCCAGUGCUGUGUCAUUGCGUGGUCCCGUCUCAGGCAUGAGGGCUGGCCAGGCUGGACGGGCAUGGAGGAUCCAAUUUCUGGCUCUCCGCCGGCGUCUGGAAUGUGGUUUCUUAGCAUCCUCGAAAGGUAAAAUUACACCACCACCCCCAGCUCAGCAAGGACACCUCCUGUGCAGAGGGCAAAGGGGUGGGAUGGGGACCAGGGGCCUUCCCUCACCAGGCAGCAGGGGGACAAAUGCCUGAAUCGCUUGCCCAGAAGGUCCCAGGUUCCCCUCCUUGAGGGUGCAGGUGGGUGACUUGGGUCUCGCAGGCCUGUGCCAUUACUGCAGUUCAAAAAUGCUUCCACACAUCUCAGAGCUAAGCCUGGGUCCAUGGCUGGUGUGACCCUGGCCGAGCUGGCAGACUCAGGAAGGUGCUGCUGUUGGCCUGGAGUGGCCACACGGGAUGGGAGCAGAGCAGAGGUUGGAGCAGGCACUGCCCUCUGAGGCGUGGCCAGCCCAGACCUGAGAGGGGAGAAGUAGGGAAACAGGUGCCAAACUUGCUGGCAGUUCCUGCCUUGGAGGAGGCCAGAGACACUGCUUGCCCAGGCUUACAGGCCCAGCACAUGCCCCUUUCUCUGAGCAGGAGGACCCUGGCUGGCCCUUGGUCCUUGUCUCCACCUCUGAUCCCCUUUGUCUGAGGGACCCCCCCCCACUCCUGACAGCCUCCAAAAUCGAGGCGACCUGGGUGGAAGCAGUUCUUCGGGGAGCUGCCUCUGUGGAAGCUGAGCUCCCCCGGGCUGACAGUAAUGAGUAUUUUACUUUGUGUAUCCCCAGUCUCAGUCAGCCAGCUGCCUCCUCACAACCAGAUAGGACGCUUGAGUAGUCUUCAGAGGGGAGGAAAAGGAGUCCCACGGGGCCGGUGCUGUGGCAUAGCGGGCUAAGCUGCUGCCUGCAGUGCUGGCAUCCCAUGUGGGCGCCGGUUUGAAUCCCGGCUGCUCCACUUCCAAUCCGGCUCUCUGCUAUGGCCUGGGAAGGCAGUGGAAGAUGGCCCAAGUCCUUGGGCCUGCACCCAUGUGGGAGCCCAGAAGAAGCUCCUGGCUUCGGAUCGGCGCAGCUCCAGCCGUUGUGGCCAACUGGGGAGUGAACCAGUAGAUGGAAGACCUCUCUCUCUUUGUCUCUCCUCUCUCUGCAACUCUUUCAAAUAAAUAAAUAAAUCUUGAAGAGAAAAGAAAAGGAGUCUCAGAGUCGCACCUCUCCCAGGAGCACAGCACAGGGGCUGGCUAGGGAUUGGAAUCCAGGCUGCCACCUGCCACCUGCAGGCCCCUGACCUGGCUCGUGGCAUGAGUCUGGGAGGCAGAGGGAGAAGAAAUCCAGAAAUCCCCUAACUGUGGUUUAAAAAAGGCAGGCCAGAGGUAGGGUCUCUACUAAACAACCUCAUUCAUCCCUCCAACAGAGACUUGCAAGUGCUCAGGCUCUGGGAUAGGGCACAUACGUGAUGUGGGAGUGGUGGGGGCUGCUCUCCCACCCUGGGAAGCUGUCAGGGAGGACCUGAGACUGAGGAGGAGUGGUGUGCAUAACCGUCCUGAGGGGGCAGCGGGGGCCCGGCAAACAGCAAGGGCUGGUGAUGGCAGGAGAGAAGAUGGGCAGGGGUGUGCGCAGUUCCCCGGAGGGGAGAAGUCUAGGUACUGCCCCUACCUUCCUCACACAUGCUGGUCUCCUGCUGCGGGUGUAGAGAUGGGGGCCGAGCAGGACCCCACACAGCUCCGUCACUGUCUUGCAGUGGGGAGGGGCGCUUGGCACACCAGCGACCUUCCUCUGCACCCUGGAUCCCUGGGGCCCUGCCGAAGCCCUGUGAGGCACAGCCUUUCACAUUUCCACGCAAAACAGUAACCGCUGCCCCGACGGUGCCCCAAGUUGAUGGAGGUUGGUGCCCCUGAGCGCCUGAAGCCAGCAGGUGUCUAGUGUUGAUGAUUUCCCAUCUCCCUGUGGCAGUGAUCUGGUCUUUAUUCUGUAAAGCCCUGGCCAGUGUCAGGCUGUAGGGAGAAGGAAAACAUAGAUGGUGCUGCUUUUGCCCUCAGGAACAUUAAUCUUUUGGCUGGAAGAAUGUGGAAACAGGAGAUUGAAUGCCAGGCCUGAGUCCCUGGGAAGGGCAUGUAAGGUGGUGCAGCCACUGUGUAGAAAGCGAGUGGACCGGGGCCGGCACUGUGGCUCACUCUUAAUCUUCUGCCUGCGGUGCCGGCAUCCCAUAUGGGCGCCGGGUUCUAGUCCUGGUUGCUCUUCUUCCAGUCCAACUCUCUGCUGUAGCCCAGGAAGGCAGUGGAGGAUGGCCCGAGUGCUUGGGCCCCUGCACCCGCAUAGGAGACCAGGAAGAAGCAUCUGGCUCCUGGCUUCAGAUCGGUGUAGCUCUGGCCAUGGCGGCCAAUUGGGGGGUGAACCAACGGAAGGCAGGAAGACCUUUUUCUCUGUCUCUCUCUCUCACUAACUCUGUCCAAAAAAAAAAAAAAAAAAAAGGCGAGUAGACCUGGAGUUAGCGUGUGACCCAGCAGUUCCCUAAGCAUCCACAUGAGGAUGCCAAGCAGCCCAGCGUGGCACUGGGACCAGUGGGCCAACACAAGCUGGUUUAACUACACAGCAGGCGGUGACAACACGAAAGGAAUAAAGUACUGACAUGUGUGACAACAUGCAUGGGCCUUGAAGACAGCAUGGUGGGUGCAGUCAGUCACAAAAGACCACGUGCUGUAUAAUUUCAUUCCACAGGAAGUCCCAAGUAGGCAGGUCCACACUAGAGUACUGAUUGCCAAGUUCUGUGGGGUGGGGGUGAUCGGCAUGUACAGGCUUUUUGGAGGGUAGUGGAAAAUACUCUAGAAAUGUGGCGAUGACUGCACACCAUUGUAAACACAGUAAAACGUCUGCAUUGUCUGAUUUGCAAGGGUGAAUGUAAUGAGACAUGAAUUAGAUCUCAGCUAAAAAACAAGUCUCGUGGAAGCAAAGGAUGACUGUGGCUUGAGCUGAUGGGAAAAGCCAGAGGGAGGAUGUGCUGCGUGCCAGGUAGCAGGCUCAGCCCCAGGGAAGGCUGGGAUUAGGUAUGAGAGGUGUGCAGUUCUAGCUCCCAUGCUGGGGCCUGGAACACAGUAGGUGCACAGUGAGUGUGGAAUGGAUCAUUCCCAGGCCCCACAAGAGGCUGCACUGAGAACCGUCCAGUCCGCUUACACCUAUGGACACGCUCUGGUAGGAGGACGAAACAGGAUCCUCACUGCUAAGAGCUGCUGCUCUCCUAGGGUGUCGCAGCAGGCUUGUAGGGGCGGGGUGCGGCACCCUGGCUCCAUCGUAGCGUGGAGGUGUCUCCCCGGACAAGGCGGAGAUAAGGAAGUGUCUGAUGCCACAAGCAGGUCCCCGGCAUGGAGUCCCAGCACGGUCCUGGCUUCCAGCCCAGCACAACCCUUAUUGGGCACCCAGGCCCCUGCAGGGGUGCUGCCUCUCUGGUCUCUGGGUGGAGACAGGAGUUGGGACCCCACAGUCCUGCCCCUCCAGGCUCCCCCGGGGCUGACUGCUGAUACCUUGUGCUUUGCCGGUGACCUAUUUUCUAGCACAUUCGUGACUGGAAAAGUUGGCCCGAAUCUCAGGUUCCCUGCUGUACUGUCGGCCCUGCCUGAGCUGAGGGAGGCACUCCGCACAGACCACCGCAUGAACCAACAAAUGAAUUAAUGAACUGAGUGCACAAAGGCCAAGUGGCUACUGGGAGGGAGAGAUGGUCAUGGCGGGGGGGGACACUGCACUCCAGUUCCCCAGUACUCUCGACCUCGACCUUGAAGUCAGGUCCUCCGUCCUGCACACUAAGGGUGCUGGGACGCCUCCCGAGGGCAGGGCCAGGGACGUCGCCCCGCCUUAUCCCAAGGCACAAGAGAGCAUGUGUCAGUACACUUUGAUACUAGGAAAUUAUUGUUCCCCUCUGUAACUCUGCCUCUCAAAUAAAUAAGUCUAAGAAAGGGGGGAGGGGUCCAGUGGAGCCGGUGCUGUGGCCUAGUAGGUUAAGCCUCUGUCUGCAGUGCCAGCAUCCCAUACGGGCGUCGGUUGGAUACCCGGCUGCUCUACUUCCAAUCCAGCUGCCUGCUAGCGUGCAUGGGAAAGCAAUGGAAGAUGGCCCAAGUCUUUGGACUCCUGCACCCAGAUGAAGCUCCUGGCUUCAGACUGGCCCAGCUCCAGCUGUUGGGCCACUUGGGCAGUGAGCCAGCGGAUGGAAGACCUCUCUGUUUCUCCUCUCUCUGUAACUCUGCCUGUCAAAUAAAUUAAAUCUUUAAAAAUAU